AUGUAUUACAGCUCUUAUCACUGGAUCUUUGUGUGUCUCUGUAUCUUCACUCCAAGAAUAUGCAUCCAGGGGAAUCAGUCUAACAUGGAGACCAAUGUGAAUGACAAACUCUCACUGCCUGGCUUUGAGAAUCUCACCGCAGGAUAUAACAAGUUCCUCAGGCCCAAUUUUGGUGGAGAGCCCGUUCAAAUAGCACUGACACUCGACAUUGCCAGUAUUUCUAGCAUUUCAGAAAGUAACAUGGACUACACUGCAACCAUCUACCUGAGGCAGCGAUGGACUGAUCAGCGGCUGGUGUUUGAAGGCAACAAGAGCUUUACUCUGGACGCUCGCCUUGUCGAGUUUCUCUGGGUCCCAGACACCUACAUUGUGGAAUCUAAAACGUCUUUUCUACAUGACGUCACUGUAGGGAACCGGCUGAUUCGAUUAUUCUCCAAUGGCACUGUCUUGUAUGCUCUCAGAAUUACUACCACUGUUGCAUGUAACAUGGACCUAUCUAAAUAUCCCAUGGACACGCAGACGUGCAAGUUACAGCUGGAGAGCUGGGGUUAUGACGGAAGCGAUGUGGAGUUUUCAUGGUUGAGGGGGAAUGACUCUGUCCGAGGCCUUGAAAAUUUACGACUGGCUCAGUAUACUGUGCAGCGGUAUUUCACCUUAGUCACUACAUCCCAACAGGAAACAGGAAAUUACACCCGAUUGGUCUUACAAUUUGAACUUAGAAGAAAUGUCCUCUACUUUAUUUUGGAAACCUAUGUUCCCUCUACUUUUUUAGUCAUCUUAUCCUGGGUUUCCUUCUGGAUUUCUCUUGAUUCAGUGCCUGCAAGAACCUGCAUUGGUGUCACCACUGUACUGUCAAUGACAACACUGAUGAUUGGUUCCCGUACAUCUCUGCCUAACACCAACUGCUUUAUAAAGGCCAUUGAUGUAUACCUUGGGAUCUGCUUUAGCUUUGUUUUUGGGGCCCUGUUGGAAUAUGCAGUUGCCCAUUAUAGCUCUUUACAGAAGCUGGCAGCCAAAGACAGGGGGACUUCUAAGGAAGUAGAAGAAGUCAAUAUUGCCAACAUCAUCAACAGCUCCAUCUCCAGCUUCAAGAGAAAGAUCAGCUUUGCCAGUAUUGAGAUCUCCAGUGAUAACGUCAACUAUAGUGACCUGACAAUGAAAACCAGUGACAAGUUCAAGUUUAUUUUCAGGGAUAAAUUGGGUAGAAUUGUUGAUUACUUCACAAUUCAAAACCCUAGCAAUGUAGAUCGUUACUCCAAACUAUUAUUUCCUUUGGUUUUCAUGCUAGUCAAUGUAUUUUACUGGGCAUAUUACAUGUAUUUUUGA